UCAGUGGCAAGGGACUUCAACGGCGCAUGUUUGUAGGUUUGUGAUGUAAUAGCAUGCACAGUGAUUCAAUUGUUAGCGUAUUCCAAUGCUCGUUUAAAGGGUCAGGUUUUAUGGAUUGCGCCGUACCAUUUUUGCCAAGACAAGCGACCGAUAUCGAAAGAGAUCUAGGAUUCAGCACCCGGGCGCUGUCCGAAACUGAUGUUGCCGCGUCGUGUUGAAUCGAUGAUGCUCCGUUGGUGGUGCUGAAAUCCAUUGCGCUCUCGCUCUUUCUCUUCUUUCCUCUCUGUCCCUCCCUCCCUCCCUUAAUUUCUCCCUACUCCCUCCCUUGGUCCUCUCUCACACGCACAAAACCCUCUAUCAUGGCGUCUUCCAACAAUGUUACCCCCACCAACUGUAGCUGGUGGCCCAUUUCAGCCAUGGAUGAAGACGGUGAAAUAACAGACGGCGAGAAAAGCGAAGAGCCGGCUAUAGAGUCGAAACCCAAUUUUUCCAAAGACAAGCUCGUGUUGUAUCACUGGACGCAGUCUUUCACCUCUCAAAAGGUGCGCCUGGUGAUCAAUGAGAAGGGUCUGCUGUGUGAAGAGAGGGAUGUGAGUCUCCCCAUAGCCGAGCACAAGGAGCCCUGGUUCAUGAGGCUCAACCUGGGGGAGGAGGUGCCUGUCUUCAUCCACGGUGACACCAUUGUCUCGGACUACAACCAGAUCAUUCAGUACCUGGAGGCUAACUUUGUCGGAGAGACUGUGGCCCAGCUGAUUCCAGAUGCAGGCUCUCCUCUCCAUGAUCGUGUACAGCAGUACCGUGAGCUGCUGGAUGGCCUGCCUAUGGACGCCUACACACACGGCUGUAUUCUGCACCCUGAGCUCACCACUGACUCCAUGAUCCCAAAGUACGCCACCGCUGAAAUACGUAGACACUUGGCCAACGCUGCGUCUGAGCUGAUGAAGCUGGACCACGACGAGCCCACACUGACAGAGCCGUACCUGUCCAAGCAGAAAAAGCUAAUGGCCAAAAUAUUGGACCACGACAACGUGACGUUUCUAAAGAAAAUCCUUGGCGAGUUGGCCAUGGUGCUAGAUCAGGUGGAGGCAGAGCUGGAGAAGAGGAAAAUUGAGUAUGAAGGUCAGAAAUAUGAGUUAUGGCUAUGUGGACCUGAAUUUACACUAGCUGAUGUCUGUCUGGGAGCCCUGUUGCACAGGCUCAAGUUCUUGGGACUCUCAAAGAAAUACUGGGAGGAUGGCAGCCGACCCAAUCUCCAGUCCUUUUUCGAGCGGGUGCAAAAACGCUACGCUUUCCGGAAGGUUCUGGGCGACAUCCACACAACCCUGCUAUCAGCAGUUCUACCCAAUGCAUUCCGAAUGGUAAAAAAGAAGCCGCCGUCCUUCUUCGGGGCCUCUUUCCUCAUGGGCUCCCUUGGUGGGAUGGGUUACUUUGCCUACUGGUUUUUAAAAAAGAAAUACGUGUAGUGAACGCGCUCCCUCCUCGUUGUGUUAAAUGUCUGUGUAUUUGUGUCACAUUUAAACUUUUCCGUAAUGUUUUACGACAACAGGAAAGUAUGAAUCUAUAUAGGGAACACUAUUACUGGUGGAACAAAGAAUAGAAAAACAUUCCAUACACAAAGGAAUUCUUAACAGCACAUUUCUUUCUGGCAUUUCAACGCCUUUUUCCAUUUAAUUUCUGGCCACAUUCUUUAGGGUCUCUGUCAACGCGUUACUUUCUAAUUAGCUCCUUUUGAAGGCAUGUGUUGUCCAGUUAUUUUAAUCAAGGGAACCUAUUUGUAUUUUUUGGAAUUACUGUUAUGUCACAUGAGAGCCAUACAGAAUGUUCUGACACUGCAUCUCCCCACCUAAAGUGGUACUCAUACCCACCACAAAUAUCGAGUAUUGCUAUGUGGUUUCUCGUCUCUAGUUUUGGCGUUCCCUAUCACCCUUCACUCUAUUGGCCGCGGGUUACCUUCGCCAAAAACCCCAGGCGAUUUACGUGAACACUGACACUGUAUAUCUGAUACUUUCUGCGCUGCCAGAAACUGCCAGUUGGGACUGGCAGGAUAGCAAGACAUUUACAUUUGAGUUGUUUAGCAGACGCUCCUAUCCAGAGCGACUUAUAAUAUAGAUAUGAAACCUGGUUUUGCAUGCACCGUCCCCUUCCAACUGAGCUGCACAGGACCAAUCCAGACAGUCCUAAUUCACGCCCACACCUUUUCUGUUGGCCCUCACUCUUUUUUGACCCGUAACGAGGUAGGGAGUGAAACGGGAGUGAAACAAUCCCAGCCAUAUUCAGACAUGUCUGUUAGUGUACAAUAUUCAUUUAUAAACAUGAUUCCUGUACUGUAUUUCACGCCAAAGCACAUUCAGCUGAUCCUUAUUAAUUGGAUUCACGACAUAUUGUAUGAAAAGGUAAUAAGACAAUGCAUUUUAAUCGGAUUAUGUAGUACAUGAAAAACUGGCCCAACUAGCUCAUUAGCACCAUUUUCAGAACUACUGGCAGGAAUUAAACAAAAACUCCAGAAUUGCUAUUUUCGCUGUACACUCAAGGCAAUGAAAAUACAAUUUAACACCUGUGAGACAAAUCUCGCAAAACUUAUGGUCACAUAAAAUGAGGGGAUGGAACUCUAAAUUGUGUGUUGAAACAGACAGAAAUAAAAGGUGUUGUUCUGUACUUUUGCCUCAUAUUCAUCAUAUUUUAUUCCAAUUUUCAUAUGCCUUGAAUGUACAGCAAAAAUAAAAAUGUUGACUUCACUGUCCCAAUACCUAUGGAGGUCACAUUACUUGCUUUGAUUCCAGGAAGAGAGCUCAGUUUUAGUUCAUAAAAAAUAUUUUGUUCCUUUUGUUCCACUGUUAUGACUAAGCAUCAUAAAGCCCUACCUCCUAAACCACUUGCAGAACUGUAACCCGACCCAUCUGGGGUCUGACUGACUUAAAGCUGCCAUCUAUCAAGGAACAUUUAACAUUAAUCAGGUGACUGACUAAGGACGUAGUGGAAAACAAGGAAAACAAGACACAGAAAGCUCCUAUUUUCUGGAUUCCCACUGAAAGAGAAGCAGCUCUCAAUAGUUUUUGCGGGCGUCUUUUCCUGAACCCCCCCCCCCCCCAC